UUGGAAGCUCCUGUGGUCGUGGGAAACGAUGCAGGCGGGGGACGUGGUGGCGUGGCGGGAAUCAGCGCCUUUCAGUGGGCGCUCGCCCUGGCCGUGGGUCCCGGGGUGACCUACGGCUCCCAAAGGGGUCUUUAUCACGUCGUACUCCUCCCGCUCAUCCUCUUUGAGAUGGAGCGCGGAGAUCCCUCCUUCUUGGGGGCGGUGGAUUACUGCUCGCUCUGUCUAGUGUCUGCGGGCGUGACGGUGGCGACCUGGCUCCUGCCCCUCCCUCCCGACCACCCCAGCAACGGGGGCCGGGACCCGCGU